AUAUUUUUCAGCCAUAUCCGACAGCACAGAUGGAGUUACUGGGUAAUGAGUCGCACUGGAUGGUAAAUGAUACCGACACCGACAUCUGCAGCGAGGAAACACCGGUGUUUUGUCUCACUAGAACGAAAACGUAUUUACCGAGACCAGAAGAGGUUCAUAGUAACACUGGGUUGGAUGGGGAACUUGACGGGACCACCAUCCGUCUUCAGUCACACCAAAGCCAGCCGCCUGCUGACACUGGAUUGGGCGACAACGAAGGAGGGCAACUAGCAAGCGUCGAGGAAACCCGGAAACGCGAGACAUCGAGGCAGAGGAGUAAACAAGACCAAGAGAGAGGCAAGCGCCGAGAAUUCAAGCGGCACAGGAAGGCAGCGGUGACACUGUCGGUUCUGGUAAGCGUCUUCGUAGCAAUGUGGUUGCCUUUCUACGUGGCGUCACUCCUUGCUGCCAUAUGCGAGGAAUGUGUUUCUGAUCUCGCCUGGAUAGUAGUAAACUAUCUGUUGUGGUGUAACUCGACUAUCAAUCCGUUUCUUUAUGCGCUUCUCGUGGUGCAAUUCCGGCAGAAUUUUUUACGCUUUCUGGGACUUAGAUCUUGCAGGAAAUGA